AUGUCCACCACCCUGCCGCGUUUACCAGUUCCAGAUCUCCGUAAAACGCUGGACAGAUACCUAACGUCCUUGGAGCCUUUUCUGCUAGAAGAAGCCUCCAAGAAAGGACUGGACAACGACGCUCUCGAUGCGUCUCGUCGACUUCGUGCCCAGUGGGCUGAUGAAUUUGCGUCGGGCGUAGGAAAACUCUGCCAGGAUAGAUUGCUCGCACUUGAUAGAGCGUCUCCGAAUAACUGGCUGGACGACAAUUUUUGGAUCAAGAAGGCCUAUAUGGAAUGGAGAGCACCGUUGCUCAUCAACUCUAAUUGGUGGCUCGCUUUCGAGGACGACACGAACAUCCCUGUAUCAGAGAAGGAUCGACAGGAUGGUUAUUUCAAGACAGGGUUCUCCAGAUGGCAGAUUAAGAGAGCAGCUUGGUUGCUUCAUCGAAUGCUGGAGUUCAAAAUCAAACUUGAAACGCAGGAGUUAUACUCGGACACGACACGAACUGGUAUCUGGCUCAGAGAGAGCACGUCGAAAAUGUUCAACGUCGCGCGGAUACCGAUGCCUUCUUGCGACAUCUUAUCAACCGUACCUCCACCAACGGAUCGCUCCACCUAUAACAUCGUAGUUAUGGUGCAUGGAUGGUUUUACAAAGUCACUGUUAUGGAGUCGCCUUCCAUUUCGACAGACGUUGGUCAUCUGGCAAGAUACCUAGAGGCUGUUGUUUCGGACGCUGAACAGCGCCUGGCUGAUGGCGAAGAGCCGAUCUCGAUUGGGGUCUUGAGUGCAGACGAUCGAGAUAUAUGGUCAAGUAACCUCCAAUACCUUCUUGCUCUGUCCGAGUCCAACAAAGUGGUUCAUACGACACUCUCAAAUUCGCUCAUGGUACUCAGUCUUGACGACGAAAUUCACAAAGAUCCUCCAUCACCGACCUCGUCAACAAAACAAUAUUCCUUCGAUUCUCACCUUCAUACCAUUCGUUCAACGACAGGCAACGUCGGCAACAGAUGGUUUGAUAAAGCUUUCACGCUCAUUGUUGAUCCUGCGGCGCGUUCUGGUACGAUGGGCGAGCAUUCUCCAUGUGAUGCGUUAGUUCCAAGCAUCAUCGCCGAAUAUGGGAUUAUACAAGGUAUCGAUGAAUCUCAUUUCGAGAAUGAUGCUUCUCUUCCUUCACGAGGCCAGAGAUGGGAUCGGCUGGACUGGGUUACCGACGACUUCAUCAAGAAAGAGUGUGUUAUGGCGAAGGAACGUGCCAACAAGAUCAUUGAGAACUCGGAUGAUAGCGUUUUCUGGUUCUCGGAUUACGGGGCGGACUGGAUCAAGGGAGUCGCGAAAUUGGCUCCUGAUGCAUUCAUACAGAUGGCGCUGCAGCUCACAUGGUACAAGAUGCAGGGGCAAUUCACCGCGACGUAUGAGACCGCGCUGACACGGAUGUUCAAAAAGGGACGAACGGAAACUAUCAGGACGCUGACCCGAGAGAGUCGUGGGUUCUGCCUUGCGAUGGUUGACUCUCGAGCAACGGCAGAAUCUCAACGUGCUGCGCUAGAUUCAGCUAUCAAAACACAUACUAGAUUAACACGUGAAGCUGCAACAGGCAAGGGGAUUGACCGUCAUCUAAUGGGCUUACAGCUUAUGCUAUGUCCGGAGCUUCAAGAAUGUGCACUGCUCUUUAAGGAUCCAUUGUUUGGGAAGAGUUCAUGCUGGAAGUUGAGUACAAGUGGGCUCAGUGCUGGCCACCUCUUCCGGGGUACAGGGUUUGGUGCAAUGUAUGAGGAUGGUUAUGGUAUAAACUAUCUUGCAGGACCUGAUACAGUAAAGUUUGGGAUUGAAUCUAAACUUUCCAGUCCUCUUACAUCUACAUCAAUGUUCAUAUCUACUCUUGCUAGUGUUCUUAGAAGUAUGCAGAAUAUCUUUCAUUUAGAUGUACAUUCAGACAAUGUUGCUAGUCAUUUAUAG